UAUUAACUCCGUAACCAUAGUAUCUCCGAGAAAAACUUUACCAAGUCUUCGUCUUCAUAUUUUCGGAUUUUCCUAUUUCUCCUCUUUUCAAUCUUAUCUCCUCUUUCUGUAGAAAGACCCUUCAACCUAGAGAUUUUGUUGAAAAAUGGCGGAAGAGAAGUCAACCAUUGCAAAAGAUGUCACUGAAUUAAUUGGGAAGACUCCGUUGGUGUAUCUCAACCAUGUUGUCGAUGGGUGUGUCGCCCAAAUCGCUGCUAAGCUGGAAAUGAUGGAGCCCUGCUCCAGUGUCAAAGAUAGGAUAGGAUAUAGCAUGAUUGCAGAUGCUGAGGAGAAGGGACUAAUUCAUCCGGGUGAAAGUAUCCUCAUUGAGCCUACCAGCGGAAAUACUGGCAUUGGUUUGGCAUUCAUGGCUGCUGCCAAGGGUUAUAAACUUAUUAUAACCAUGCCAGCUUCAAUGAGCCUUGAAAGAAGAACCAUUCUUCGAGCUUUUGGAGCCGAGUUGGUUCUCACAGAUCCGGCAAAAGGUAUGAAAGGAGCUGUUUCAAAGGCCGAAGAGAUAUUAGCAAAGACCCCAAAUGCUUAUAUUCUUCAGCAGUUUGAAAAUCCUGCUAACCCAAAGAUCCACUAUGAAACCACUGGACCAGAGAUCUGGAAGGGGUCUGGUGGUAAAGUUGAUGCUCUUGUUUCUGGGAUUGGGACUGGAGGUACAGUAACGGGUGCUGGGAAAUAUCUGAAAGAGCAGAACCCUAAUAUUAAGCUCUAUGGUAUCGAACCAGUUGAAAGUCCAGUAUUGUCUGGAGGGAAACCUGGUCCUCAUAAGAUCCAAGGAAUUGGUGCUGGCUUCAUCCCUGGUGUUUUGGAUGUCAAUUUACUUGAUGAAGUUAUCCAAAUUUCUAGUGAAGAAGCUAUUGAAACUGCGAAACUUCUAGCGUUGAAAGAGGGUCUGUUGGUGGGGAUAUCAUCUGGUGCUGCUGCAGCUGCUGCAAUUAGGAUUGCAAAGAGGCCUGAAAAUGCUGGAAAACUCAUUGUUGUGGUCUUCCCAAGCUUUGGUGAGCGUUAUCUUUCGUCUGUGCUAUUUGAAUCCGUGAAGCGAGAAACAGAGAACAUGGUCUUCGAGCCCUGAACUUCUUAGAAAAUUGUGCUUAAAUCUGAAGUAGGAGGCUUUGUCAGAGCUUUUCAAGUUGAAGCUUUUGGUUGGCUUUUGAUAUGCCUUUGCCAUAUUUAUCUGGAACAUGAUUAGCUCUCCUAUUCCUUGUAAAUUGACUUCAAUUGAAUAAUGCCGUCUCAUGUCGUGCUUUUGAGAUGUUUGAACUCAUUCAUAAAAGGCAGUGUUACCUCACGGAAUUUAUAUC